CCCUCUUAACUUCUCUCUUCAACUUAUUCUCUUAACUUAACCACCAACAUUAACUUCACUAACCAACCAAAUUCAAGCUAAACUUCGUCCUUCACUAGACUUAUUGAUUAGUGUGAAGCGAAGUAUUUAAUCUACCAACCAUAGUUAAGUUAAGAAAAGAAGAUAACUAAACACACAUACACACACACAUUCAUUCACUCACUCACUUAUUCUAUUACUAUAUACUAAGUUACUAUCAUCAUUUAACCAGUUAACCCAGUGUAGAAAUCAAGCUUAAACAUUCAUGACGCCUUUAUAUCAUUGAUGAGAGAGAAAAAAACACAGAACAAAACAACCAGAACAAUAAACAAGAACAAAAUUAGUAGUAAAUGGCCCAAUUUCAACCGAUUUCAUUAAGUCAAUCAGUUCAGUUACCAUCUCAACAAUCAGUACAGCAACAACAACAACAACAACAACAGCAACAACAACAAGAACAACAACAACAACUUCUUCAACAGAAUCCAUGUCAAUAUCAACUUGAACCAUGUGAUAUAAAACCACAAUUUUCAUUAAUUCCAUCAAUUUCACAAAAUUUAACUAAUAAUAACAACAUGAAUAUCACAUCAUCAUCUACACAAGGAGGAAUUGGUAAUGUUGGUGCAUUAAUGACAACAUUAGAUAAUGUUGUUAAUGGUAUUAAUAAUGUAACAACAGGACAAUUUGUUACAUCAAUGAAUCAUGCUGAUGUUGCAUCAUUAUUAAUGAAUCCAAGUAAACGUGCUGAAACGUUUGUUAUUGAUGAAGUGAAAGUAAUGUUAAAAGAAAUUGAAGCAAGAAAACAUAUCUUAUUAUCAUUAUCACCAUCAACAAAUCGAUUAAAACGUAGAGCAUGGGAAGAAGUUGCUGUAUGUAUGGCAAAUCGUUGGCCACAUGCACCAAGAAGAACAGCUGAUCAAGUGAAGAAAAAAUGGGAAAAUCUUGUAUCAAAAACAAAACGUAAAGUACGCGCUGGUCAUGUUACACCAGAAUUAGAUUGGAAUGAAACAAAUGCAGCUGUUAUGCAAUUUCUUACACAACAUAGUCCACCAGUACGUUUACGUUAUUUAACAUCAACUACACCAUCAUUACUUAAUCUUGGCAAUUUACAAUCAUCAUCAUCAUCUUCAAUGUUAUCAACAGCAGCAGCGGCAGCGGCUGCAGUAGCCUCAUCUUCAUCAUCAAUUAAUUGUACAAAUGGAUUUAAUCAUAUGAAUUCAAAUAAUUAUGGAUUAUCGAAUAGUAAUUUUUUAGAUUCAUAUAAUAAUAACAAUAAUAAUAUGAAUUCAUCAAUGUUUCCUAAUAAUCAACAAUCAUCUUUUAUGUUGUCAAAUUCAAAAUCGAAUUUUAUGAAUUCCAACAUGAAUCAAGACAAUAAAAAUAAUAAUAAUAAUAAUAAUAAUAAUAAUAAUAAUAAUGGUAAUAAUAAUAAUACUGGUCAACUCUCAUUUGGUAAUCAUGAUACCAAUAAGUUGAAUUCAUCAACAGAGGAAAAUGAUGUGGAUAUGACAAAUAUAACGAAUAUUCAAAAUAAUACUGUUGAAGGUGGUUCAGAUGUUGGCAAUAUUACUGGCUCAGUACAUGAAUCAUUUCUUUCUUCAUUUUCACCAUUUAAUCAAUCAUUCAUUAAUUUUGGUUUACCAUCUACAACGGAAUCAUUUUAUACAACAUUUAGUCGUGAUAUACAAAAAGAAUUAUAUUUACAAUUAAAACAAGAACAUGAAUUACGUAUGGAUGUAUUACGUUUACAAAAGCAAACAUGGUUAUUACAAAUGAAUUUAUUUAAAAAAAUGAAAAUUGAACAAAUUUCUAGUUUAUUUUCAUCGCCUAGUUUAAUGAUGAAUACAACAUGUGUUACACCUUUAACUAAUACUAACACUACUAGUCCUAUUACUGCUAAUUCGACAUCGACAUCGUCUGUUGCUACUACUACUACCACCACUACUACUACUACUAUUGAUCCUGUUAGUAGUAUAAAUAGUACUUGUACUACUUCAGUAUCAUUGAAUACAACAACUGUAACAAAUGAAACAAUUAUGCCUACAAAAUUAACAAAGAAUAGGGAAGUAGUAGAAGUAGAAGAAGAAGAAGAAGAAGAAGGAAAAGAAGAAAUGGAAUCACAAUGUAUCAUAUCAAAUAGUUCUUUAUCACCAAUGUUUCCACAAGAUGGUACAAAUGGCAUUGGUAAUCAUGAUCAUCAACAAGAAAAUUUGUUAAAUGAUAAUUGUAGAUUAAAUAAUAAAAGAAUGGAAAAACAAGAAGCUUAAUAGAAUCUACUUUGUAU